AUGUCUCCUGAUACCAAAAAGCAGAAAAACAUGAGAUUUGGACACUUACCGCUGUCGACAUCUGGGCCUCAGGAGACAAGUUUAACUGGAAACGCACUUCUGCGUACACCUUAUUUCAACAAGGGCUCUGCCUUCACCAAGGAAGAACGUAGUACUUUUAAGCUUCACGGCCUGCUUCCAACAAAUGUUCAGACACUCGAAGAACAAGCUAAGCGCGCCUACGCCCAGUACAGGUCACGACCAAAUGAUUUAGCAAAAAACACGUUCAUGAGCAGCCUCAAAGAGCAAAAUGAGGUGCUCUACUACCGCCUUAUCCUUGACCAUCUCAAAGAAAUGUUUCCCGUCAUCUACACACCCACCGAAGGCGAGGCCAUUGCCGACUACUCAAGAUUAUUCCGCAGGCCUGAGGGAUGCUUCUUGAACAUUGACGACGCCGAUCGGAUCGAGGAUGACAUCAACCAGUGGGGCAACCCAGAGGAUAUCGAUGUCAUAGUUGUGAGCGACGGACAGCAAAUUCUGGGCAUAGGCGAUCAAGGUGUCGGUGCGAUAUUGAUAUCAGUAGCCAAAUUGGUCAUUUACACGCUAUGUGCCGGAAUCCACCCCUCUCGUACGCUCCCAGUUGUCCUUGACUGUGGGACUGAUAAUAAAGAACUACUCGAAGAUGACCUGUACCUUGGCUUGCGUAAGGCACGCGUGACCGGAAAAGAGUACGACAGCUUUGUGGACAAGUUCGUGAGCGCAUGCAGGAAGCGAUACCCCAACGCAUACAUACAUUUCGAAGACUUCGGACUCAACAACGCAAGGCGUAUCCUGGAUAAGUACACGCCAAAAAUCGCUUGCUUCAACGAUGAUGUGCAAGGCACAGGCUGCGUAACCCUAGCAGCAAUUAUGGCCGCCUUUAAGGUCAGCGGGACUAAGUGGGACGAGGCUCGCUUUGUCAUGUUCGGGUCGGGAUCAGCAGGCACUGGCAUUGCAGACCAGAUCAAAGAUGCAAUAUCGCAAAAUACCGGGAAAUCGAGAGAGGACGCAGGACAUCAAAUAUGGUGUGUCGAUAAGCCCGGACUGCUAUUGAAAGGCAAGAAAGACGAGCUCACACCAGCUCAGAUGGCAUAUGCUAGAGAUGAUAAGGAGUGGGAAGGUAAGGAACACGGUGAUCUUCUCUCGGUCGUGAAAGAAGUCAAGCCACACGUGCUCAUCGGCACUUCAACGAAGCCUGGAGCGUUCACCGAGGAGAUUGUUCGCGAGAUGGCCAAGCAUAUCGAACGCCCAGUUAUAUUCCCACUUUCGAACCCAACGAGGCUCCACGAGGCAAAGCCGCAGGAUUUGUACGACUGGACGGACGGCAAAGUGUUGGUGGCGACCGGCUCUCCAUUCGACCCGGUGAAGUAUAACGGCAAGGAGUAUGACAUUUCUGAAUGCAAUAACUCAGUUACCUUUCCUGGAAUUGGUCUUGGCGCAGUGCUCAGUCGUACACGCCUAGUGACGCCUGCGCUUCUCGUUGCCGCUGUGCAAGCUCUCGCGUCAACAGCGCCUGUAGUCAAAGGCUCUGGCGCAGGUUUGCUGCCUGAUGUUGAAGAUGUGCGCGAUAUUAGUGUUCAAAUUGCGCGGAACGUCAUCAAGCAGGCGGUCAAGGAUGAUCUUGCGCAUAUCAAAGAUAUCCCCACAGACGACGAUGACCUGGAAGAGUGGAUUCGGGAGCAGAUGUGGGAUGCAGAAUAUAGGCCGCUGAAACUGAUUCAUGAAAGUGCAGCAAAUGCACAUGCUAAAGGGGAAGCAGGAACUUCUUCUGGUCAACGAGCGGCUCGAUUUUGA